GAAAAAGAAAAAACAAACAACUUAAAGGUAUUGUUCUUCUUACAAAGGUUACUUGCAAGUUGCAAGUAACAAAACAAUAGCCGUAGAUCAACAUAGAAAAGAGAUCAACGGUGUCAAUCAAUCCGUUUUUCAUUCAUCUCUCACUCUUUCUUUUCCCUAUUAAAACCACAUUGAAACCAAAACACUCUUUCAUCUUCUUCUUCCAAACAUCAAACCCAAAAUGGAAAAACAAACCAAACCCGAAACACAACAAUGGAGACCCGACCCAUUUCACUCCAACAACAACAACACAACCAUCAUACUCAAACCACCUGAAACAUCAUCUCUUGGCCCAAUGGAAUUCUUGUCUCGUUCAUGGAGUGCUUCUGCCAUGGAAGUUUCCAAAGCUCUGUCUCCAGCUCAACUUCCUCCUUCAAAUGCUGCUAUACUUGAAGAUUUAGCUGGUGAAAUUGAUGAGUCUAAUGUUACUUUUUCUGGCAACCCUUUUUCUUUUGCUUCUUCUCAAACUUCUCAAAUGGUUUUGGAUCGUAUCAUGUCACACUCGCAGGAGGUAUCUCCAAGAACAUCAGGAAGACUAUCACAUAGCAGUGGACCUCUUAAUGGCUCUCUAACAGAUAGCCCACCAGUUUCACCUUCAGAAAUGGAUGAUUUCAAGUAUAACCGUUCCAGCAACAAUCACAUCAACAACAGCAUCAUUGCCGGCUUGAAUAACCAAUAUAGAGUUUCUGCCACUGGUGGAGGUGGCGGCGGUGGUGGAAAGACGGUUGGGAGGUGGCUGAAGGAGAGGAAGGAAAAGAAGAAGGAGGAAACGAGGGCACACAAUGCUCAGCUACAUGCCGCUGUUUCGGUUGCUGGUGUUGCUGCUGCUGUUGCCGCCAUUGCAGCCGCAACUGCUGCCUCGUCAGGUGCUCGCAAAGAUGAGCAGAUGGCCAAGACCGACAUGGCGGUUGCGUCUGCUGCAACGCUGGUGGCGGCUCAGUGUGUCGAGGCUGCAGAGGCUAUGGGGGCUGAACGCGAUCACCUCGCCUCGGUGGUUAGCUCUGCUGUCAAUGUGAGGUCUGCUGGCGAUAUCACGACACUGACAGCAGCUGCUGCGACAGCUUUGCGUGGGGCUGCUACAUUGAAAGCAAGGGCCCUUAAAGAAGUUUGGAAUAUUGCAGCUGUAAUUCCUGUGGAGAAGAAUUUGGUAGGUAAUGGUAAUGGUGGUGGGGGUGGUGGCAGUAAUGGCAGCUCUAAUAGUAGCUUCAGUGGUGAACUUGCAACUGAAGAUAACUUCUUAGGCAUUUGCAGUAGAGAAUUGCUUGCUAGAGGCUGUGAGCUUCUCAAACGCACUCGCACAGGUGAACUCCAUUGGAAAAUUGUGUCAGUUUAUAUAAACAGAAUGAACCAGGUUAUGCUCAAGAUGAAGAGUAGACAUGUUGCUGGGACCAUCACAAAAAAGAAAAAGAAUGUUGUGAUUGGAGUUAUCAAAGAUAUGUCGGCUUGGCCAGGCCGUCAUUUGCUAGAAGGCGGCGAGAACCGUCGUUACUUUGGUUUGAAAACGAUAACUCGCGGCGUUGUUGAGUUUGAGUGCAGAAACCAAAGAGAGUAUGAUGUUUGGACUCAAGGUGUUUCAAGGCUUCUAUCUAUUGCUGCUGAAAGGAACAACAAAAAUAGAACAUGUUAAUUAACUAUGAACAUGCUAUAGGAUCUCUAUGUUUUGUUUUUUUUUUUUUUGAAAACUCGGUAUCCGGCUUAAAGAGCGACUAUUCCGAGGAAAACAAUUUCAAAUAUUUUAUGUUAACUAUGAACAUGGUAUAGAUCUUUUGAUGUAUGGUGGUGUUUUGAUCCA